GCCCCUGGCCCGAGAGGCUGAAGCCAACAGCAGACACCGGCGGACACCGGCGGACACCGGCGGACCGCGGACGGAUGCAGCCAAAAACGAGGGGAGCCGAGCGGAAAUCCGGCUCUGGCACCAUGCCACCCAGAGCUCUCAAGCCAGGGUGGAGCUACCCCAGUGGACCGAACCACCCGAGGAGGUUGCAAAACAUGCAAAGGAAGGGCGGCUCCUCCAGCACAUUGCCCUCCGAGUCUCGUUGGAGGAUGGCCGCGACAUGCCUUGGAGUGAAGCAGCACGGAUUGUCGAGGCUUGGGAUGCCGAGCUGUUCCUGUCAAAGGGUGCAGGUGAUGAGCAAGCUCAAGGCCUUACAAGCCUCAGCGACGACAUCGUCUUCCUUCACUUGACAUUGGCGUUCCUUUCGGAUGAGUGCACGGCGCCCCUUCUACUUCCGCCCAUGGGGACAGAGUCAAGCGUGACGUUUGUUUUCUCUGCCGUAGUGUGCCACAGAGCAGAUGACCGGGAUGGGUGCAUGGACUCGGAGCGAGUGAGAUGGUUUGUGCUGCUCGAGGGAAGAGCGACCAGUCUUUGCAUCAAGCUUGUGCAGAAAGAGUCCGAGGUGCUGCUGCUCCAGCAGCCGGUCAUCCAGUGCAUGCGUGGAGCUUCCUGGUCUGUGACUGCGCAGAGGCUCGUUAGACACUUCAGGAUGCUGCUUCGCGACGGAGAGGCGACGGCAUGGCACCUGCUCGAAGUGUUCUGUGAUUUGCUCCAUGACGCCGCUCCAGCGUUUCUUGGCAUCUGCUUGGCCCCGGCCUUGAAAAUGGACAUCGUGCUCACCAACUUUGGCCUGAGCCUUAUCGAGCUUUGUGUUUGCGACACGGCUUCUUGGCGAAUGGGUGGACGUCGAGUGCUGCUUCCUUACACCGUGUACAAGGUGUAUCGCCAACUUCGGAGCCAAGAGUUGGACGGAUUGCGCAAAGCGGCCCUGGACUGCAUCGUGAUGCAAGCCAACUCACCGAUGGCCUCGCUUCGAAAGACCGCCAUGAGGGCAUUGAGUGACCUGGUCGACAUGGACAUUUCCGUCUUGAGUUUGAGGGCAGUGGAGGAAACCGUGGACAUGCGCCUGCGAGACGAAUCAUCGUGGGUUCGACAGGUUUCUUUGGAUCUCCUCGGACGCAUUCUGGAGGGAAGCCUGGCCGAGGGGAGCGGUGAGGCAGGGUCAAAGCGGGCAAGCGCAGAGGGCAGUCAUGGAGGUUCAGAUGCCAGUGCCCGGGACAUGCUGCUUCGGUUUCACAAGACUGUGCGUGGGCUCCGCUGUGCGUUCGUGCUGUCUGGGGCACCUUCGACUUGGACGAGGACUCGGCGAACACAGCGCCCAGCCAGGGGCGACGACGAGGGCGUCCUCGAUGGUACUUUCAAGGAGGUAGCGCAAAACCUCAUUGACUCCAUGCCUCUGCCUGCGGAAGAGAAAGAGGCUCACGAGGCUUAUCGAAUGGGCCUUUCGGCUCAGUCCGAUGGAGAUCUCAAAGAAGCUGUGCGCUGGUAUGCGCGGGCGCUCAAGUUGGAGAGCGAUCCCUCCGAACGCGGUUAUAUCCUCUACAAUCUGGGCAUCGUGUUCGCCGAUAAUGGCGAGUUCACCAAAGCAGCCAAGUACUACUUGAUGGCUGUGGACCAGAACUACCAGUUGUUCUCUGCUUGGAAUAACUUGGGUGUGAUGUACCACGCCCAGGGUGUCAAGGCGGAAAGGGACCUGCGAUAUGAUCGAGCAGAUGCUCUCUACGAGAAAGCCGCAGAGUAUUGGAAUAGAGCCUGCAACCUGGCCCCGGGACAGUACGGUGACGCGGAGCGAUGGUUGCUGGACACCGGUCGGGCGCAGGGCGAGUGGAAUCUACUGCUGCAGUUGGAAAAGCAGCAUGUUCUCCUCAGCGGGCGCUGGAUUUCGGUGAGAGCGGUACCGUGGUACGCUUGGGGCGGUGCAGGGGUACACUUUGCGACGGUGCAAAGGCGUGUGAACGACACUGCAGUCAUUGUGCGACGGCAGGCCACGAAGAUCCUGAGCGCUUUUGUCUUGAAUCACCCAGAUCAUCCAGAUGUAGUGCCGGUCACGCUGGAUCUUCUUCGUCGCUCCACUGACUCGGAAGCUUUGCGCAACCUUGUCCUGGGCACAUUCGAGCUCCUCUGGUUCAUGGAUGAUGAGCCGACACCAGAGGCGGCUCGGCAGCUUUGCCGAGUGGUGGAUGCUUCGAGAAGUAUGGUGGCGGCGGUUGGCGACGUCUUGCAGGAGCUUCUGCGCCGUUUUCGAAAGUCAAUCGGCUCACGCAAGAACUCCAAAGGCUACGAGUUCGCCAUCCGCCGAUGGACAACAUUGAUCCUCAAUGAGUUCGUGCGAACGAAGUGUGGAUAUGGUUCAGAAACACCACCCUUCAAGAAAGCCAAGGGUCCGAAGAUCGAGCUUCAAGCAGCCGAAAGUGCCGAGGAGCAGUGGCUGAUGCGUCGAUCCCUCCUCUCCACUCUGGAAGCAUUCUCCGUGACGCAGCCCAAAGAUCUGCUGGUGCACUUGCGGCCUCUCACGAUCUACCUGGCCUUGGAGGAUGAUUCGCCACCUGAGGAUCAGUGGGUGGCAAUCAAGGUCUGCCGAAUCCUCGCCUCGGUGCUGCCUUACGUGGCAGAGAGGCGUGGUCUGAUGGACCAUCGGCAGGUUCAGGUGGACUUGCAGGCCUUGAUUCGCAACCAGCCUUCCAGUGGAGUGCAUGAAGCUGUGCGUUGCCUCUGCCUGGUCGUAAAGUUUGUCACUGGCGACUUGGCGCAGAUCAUUUCGCACCUGAACGUGGCCGUGCCGUCCCUGUCCCGUUUGUGCACCUCGGCCGAGCAGAAGCCCGGCAGCCUCGAGCGGAUCCAGCUGCUGUACAUGAGCCGUCAAGCUUGGGUGCUGGCGUCCAUUAUGGAGUGCUUGAACAUUGAUGACUAUGUCCAAAUCGAGGGCCUCAGUGCCGAAGAGCAGCCAAAGCGCCGUCUGUUGCCACGGUCGGACCUGAAGUUCGAAUUCCUUGGAGACUCCGUGGCAUCGACCGUGCUGGACCUCCUCCUGAGGUUGAAUGCCAUAGGCGAGCCACAGCUGCGGGCCGUGGCCGCUUCUUGCAUGGGCUUUUUCCUGAAGGGCCACCGUGGCUUCACGAAAGAUCGACGAGUGGUGGAGUUGCUCUCGAGCGCUCUGAGCUCAAGCGAUCUCCUCCUUUGCAGGAAAGCACUGGAGACGCUGUCGGCACUUUUGAGCCAUUUCCGAUCAGAGGCCGAUCGGGAGUCGAAAGCAGGUGCGGCGGAUUUCGCCGACAGCAGGGACGGCCGCGUCGCUGGCACCUCGCAAAGCGGACACUCCCUUGUGGCCUUGCAAGGACCCUCCUCGCAGCGAUCGGCAUCAGCAAAGGCCGGCAGUGCUGCCGUCGAGGCUUCAAGCAAGACCAACUCUGCGAUCGAAGCGGCGCAGCCCCUGGCCGCUUUCGCCGAUGUGGUGCUGUCGCACAUCACCUUAGCGGGCAGUGUGGGCCCAGCUGCCGGGGUGCCCUCCCCCAAGAAGUCACAAAGCACAAAGCGAGGUCGCAGUGUGCCAGAAACAGAGGAAGAGAAUGAUCAGGGAUCCCCGCAGGACACGGAGAAGGCAGAAGGCGUGCUGCGAGUUCGCGUGGAAGCCCUGUCCGUUGUCCGGCACCUCCAUCAACAGGGCUUGGUGAAUCCAAUGGCCGUGUUGCCCAAAGUCUUCGCCCUGACUUUUGCGGGAGACCCUCGUUUGUCAGAGCCGGCAACCGCCAUGCUCAAGGAGAUGCUCGAGCUGCGGCCUUCUCUGCUUCUCAACCGCCUGGAUGAGGCCUUCCGGGAGGCUUUCUUGGCGCUCCUCUCGGCGGCGACAGCUGUCCGUCUGGGCGAGGCCGUGGUCCCCCAGCAGCUCCUGGGACUGGGGGACGUCUACAUGGAGCGCUUCCGAAAGCAGAAAACUCUCCGUGACACUUUUCUUCGAAAAGCAUUGCGUGAGUUGCAGCGGCUGCAAACCAACCGCUCAGAGGAGCGGUUUGCUGAGCUGGCGGCACUGGGAGUCGUUGGUGUGGAAGACGCAGGCGGCUCCAGUGCCACGAGGAAAGCCGGCAGCCGCGGUCCUGGCCGCAUUCCCUUGCGGCAGCAGCAGCAGCUUCUUUAUGCCCAGUUUUUGGCAUCGGCAGUCACAUCGCUGCCUUUCGCCUUCGAGAACGAGCCUCUGCUGGUGGUUUUCGAAUGCAACCAUCACUUGGCACUACAUGCUGGGGCUUUGCUCGCGUCGGCCGACGGAACGGCCGGAAUCGUGAAGGAGAAGGAGAUACUUUCGCCCGAGCAGGUCUUUACGGAGGCGCUCUCCAUCGUUAGCUGUGUGGUGCUGAAGACUGUCCUGAGGAGGGAGUACAAUCUCUCCUCCGAGCAAUGUGCAACGUUUAAUCCCAAAGAGCUGCGGCAAGAGAGGAUUAAGGCGUUUCCCACUGGAGGCUUCGGGCGUGGUGAGGAUGGACAGACGCCAGCUCGCAAUCGCUUCCCUGCCAAUGAGUGGCUGGAGAAAAUCUCGCCAUUAAUAGAAAACUUCGGGCGGCCGGAGGAGAUGAUUUCGUACAUCCGGACCAUUACAGAUGCAGAUCCUUGGGACGACAGCCGAUCACGGCACGAGGCCAAGCUUGAUGUUCUGGAGGGUCGGCGUGGGCGCAAAGGCAAAGCCGCGAAGGGCGGGAAGAACGAGUUAAAGGCGUCGAAGGUCAAAAAAGCAGAGCCGCCGGCGGCGCGCGGCCGUGGCCGCGGUCGUGGCGAGCAGAAGGGAAAUAUCAAGAAGAAGGGCAGGCGGAAGCAAGGCAUGUGCGAUUCCGAAGAUGACUCCGACUGGGAGGAGCCAGGCGCUCGAAAGCGCCCUCGCGUGCAGGCACAGGAGCCGGCAGAGGCCGAUGAUGGCGCCGCGCAGGAAGAUUCCGAAGAGGAGCUGGAGGCAGAAGAUGCGGACUGA